AUGAAGAAUUACGUGGCGAAGCAAUCCGCCAGCAAGAUGGCCAGCUACACUAAGAUGCGAACGGCCAUAAUGUGCGUUAUGAGGGGGAGGGACUCGCAGGGUAACCAGAUUGGGCAGGACCAUGCCUUCGGCUUCUUUUACAUCCUCCUUUUCAAGAGAGACGACGGUGAUUUCGACGGCUACUACGGGGGCUUUGUCAAGCUCAAGGACCCUGAAAAACCCAUCGCAGCUGUUAUCAACACGGGCUACGAGGGCGAAGACGGGUCCACAGUGAUCGAUUUCGGUGCCGAAGUCACCUGGGGAAACGCGUCCCGAUCCAGCAGCCUCGGGAUCGUCUCCUGGUUCCCGAAAUCCACCGCUCCGCUCGGGUACAACUACUACUUCCGGGGGUCAUGGAUCGGAAUGAGCGCGCUUACUGCUGCUGACGGAUCUGUUCUUUCCGAUGCGAUACUGGCCAUUGGGAAGAAGACUCAGGCGCAUUAUGGCGCAGUGGCAAAUUCCAAUUUCCCAAGCGGGGCCGUUCGCGGCCAAUGCGGGGUCGACACGUCGGGAAUCGGCUUCUAA